GGUUCUGAGAUGUGAUGCUUUUGCGCUUCGUGUCUGAGUCGUUUGUAGCUGGAGGCUCUCGCUUGCUUGACGCGAAGGAGCUAACGUCGCUGCAACAAUGCACAGCAGAACCGCAACGGGCUCCCGUUGAAGGGGGGCGAGGUUAGACCGACACCAGCCCCGCACUUCGGGGUCACGCUUCGGACGGACGAACCGCCACAUUCACCCACGUCCGGCCGGCGCGAUGGAUAAACUCACGAUCAUUUCAGGGUGCCUGUUCCUGGCUGCAGACAUCUUUGCGAUAGCCAGCAUUGCGAACCCGGACUGGAUCAACACUGGCGAGUCGGCAGGUGCCCUCACAGUCGGUCUAGUCCGGCAAUGCCAGACCAUCCACGGACGAGACCGGACCUGUAUUCCACCUCGGCUGCCCCCGGAGUGGGUCACCACUCUAUUCUUCAUCAUCAUGGGCAUCAUCUCCCUCACGGUCACCUGUGGACUCCUCGUGGCGUCGCACUGGCGCCGAGAAGCCACCAAAUAUGCCCGCUGGAUCGCCUUCACUGGCAUGAUCCUGUUCUGUAUGGCGGCGCUCAUCUUCCCCAUAGGCUUCUAUAUCAACGAGGUGGGCGGCCAGCCGUACAAGCUGCCUAACAACACGGUGGUCGGCUCCUCCUAUGUGCUGUUUGUCCUCUCCAUCUUCUUCACCAUAGUGGGACUUCUGUUUGCAGGCAAAGUUUGCCUCCCAGGCUGAGGACUCGACUACGACCCGCCUCUGGACUGACGCAAGAGGCUCUGAAGAUGUUAUGGGAUUGACAAAAACACGCAAUGACUGAAAAUCAAUAACGACAAACUCUGGCCAGAAGCCUGAAACGGGGAAGUCUUUGAUUAUGUGUCAAGGGACCGCAGCACCACGGAGUACCGAACGCUAAAAAAAAAAUAAUGAAACCGAACAAAACACUAAAGUGGA